UCUGUGAAUAUGCCUGUUAACAAAUCACCCAUGAUUAAUAAAUUAGGAGUGAUAUCUUCCUCUUAUCAUGAAAAACUCUUGAGGUUUAAAAUUCAAAAUUUAAGGAAAAGAAGGAAACAUAAAUCAAAUCCAUCAUUUUCAAUCACAAAAGAAUUCAUCUUGAGAUUCAACCAAACAAAAAAUCCAAAAGAGAAGAAAGAAUUGUUGGACCUAGCUAGAAAAAACAUUCUAAGAUGUAAGAGAAAAUUGGGUCUCAAAACCUUAGGCUGUGGGAAGCAUGUACAUCUUCCUACUGCAUGGACGGAAGUAAUAUAUCUCGCUCAGUGCAAAGGAGAAAUCCAAGAUGAAGCUUUAAAUAUGCUUUAUGCUUCCCUGGACCAUGCUUCCUUUGAUUAUGAUCAUCUGCCUACCUUAUUUUUUGUUGCGGAAUCAGUUUUAUAUAGACUCUGUUGUGAUGCAUUCCAAAAGACAUACUUAUAUUCAGUUGAAAUAAAGCUGAUAAAGAUUGGCUAUUUGGUCUUCUUACGACUUUUUAUAUAUUUCCUGCAUGGUCACCUAGAAAGUUUUAAACAACAUUUAUUUAGGCUUCAACCAUAUUUAUACGCACUUUGUUUCUCUGGAGAGUCAUAUUACAAGUAUCCAAACAUCUUUUCAAAUGUGCAAUUCAUUCUGAAAACCAUGGAAAUUAUAUGCAAAAGAGAACUCCCCUCUGGAUCAAUUUUUAGCCCUGUGGAAAACAAGAAAAGCUAUAAGAACAUAGAUUCUGAUAUGGGAGGAUAUGAAGUUAACCACCUGCUCUGGCACUGUGUUGCUGCCUGGUCAUGUGUUCAGAAGAAUAGUCCUCAGCUGAAUAAGGUGCUUGAACAUCUCAUCUUUCAUAAAGUGAAGCUUCAAAAGAAAUGCUGGUUGGAUUCAAUACUGGCUUUGUUGGUCCUUGGGGAAGCUGCCAAACUAAACAUGGUCUGCUUGAAAGCUUUAAUGGAACUAAUGAGAGAUUUUCUUUUAAACAUUAUGUCUGUUCAAAACCAGGAAGAAGGCUGCAAGGUAGAUGAUUUUUCCUGGGCCUGGAAUGUAGUCUACAUGUAUACAACAAUUCUUGCAGAAAUCUGCUUGUAUGCAACCACUUCUAAUUUGCGAAAAACUGCUUUUACUGGUUUCUGUGUCUGUAAAAGUUCACAAAAAGAUAUUUUACUCAUGGAUAAAUCAGAAGAACCACCAGAGUUGAAGGAAACAAGUAUUUUAGGUCUUUUGGAAUAUUUCUCUUCAAAAAUGUCAGAUAAUUGUGAUCAAGUGAUAUGGAUUGGAUACUAUGGUUUAAUGUAUAACCUGGUGAAAAUGUCAUGGGAACUUCGGGGAGAUGAUGAGCAAGAUGGAGUUAGAAACAAAAUAUGGCAAAUAUUAUGGACAACAAAGGAUCAUGAGAAAGAUGGGCGAAUCCAUAAUGGCAUAUAUAUAGCUCAGGCUGAGUUAAAUGACCCAACUGAUCCCUUCACUAAUUAUAGUACAAAAGUCUCAUCAAAUGUAGGGGAUGAAACUUUCUCUAAAUAUAUAGGAUGGAGAAUUGCCAAUGCUCUUUCCAAACUGUUCUUCCCCUCCACCGAAGCCCAUGUUCUUCCUUUGAAAGAACCACUGAAAAAACAGGAUCGAGUGAAAUAUCUGAACAAAAAGGAUUACAUGAAGAAAAGAGUUCUACAUGUUACUAUAAGGGAACAUCCUUCUGUAUCAGAACUUCCCCUGUUUUCUUACCCAGAUUUCUUCACCAAGGCUGAUGAAGAGUUGGCAAGAAUCAUUGACCAUCAUUGGCAGGAAGAGCUAAAGAUUCGACAGAAAGAAGAUGCAAUAUGUGAGGCCCAAGAACGUAAAGACAAAGAGCUAGAGGAAAGAAAUCACUUCAGAGAAAUUAUGAAGAGUAGAGAAGAGAAACUACACAAGCAAACCAAACCCUAUGAGCUUCUUCCUAGAACUGAAGUAAUUUCAUUAGAAAUAAAAUAACCCCCCAAAACUGAAGUCCAUAUGCCAGAAAUUGCAUGAAAGAG